AUGCAUUUAGAUUUUGGUGAAACUGAAUAUAUUCUCAUUUUUCGUUUAAAAGUUGGUCCUUGUGUAGAUUUACUCCAUGACGAAAAACGCCAGUCAAAUCCAAAUCUCUGUGCUCGGUUGUUCCUAGGCAUUUCUGAUGCACGUUUGUGGCUGAAAGAUUUAGAAGACUUCAUUAUGUCUCCGAAUUAUUUGGCAGUUCAAGAUGAAGAUGUUGUGAUGCUUAUCCAACUUGUUUUUAUGUUGAAGGGUCUCUACGGACGGGACGUUAAAACAGGCAUUCUCGUUGUAGUAUACAAGCUUGCUGAUAAUAUAGAUGAUCGAAACAGGUUUGCAUGGGGUACAUAUUUCUGGACCUAUACUUCACGGAUGAUGCAUGGAAUAUUUAAGAAAAUAGAAGAAUUUAAACUAUUAAAGCAGACCAAUCCCGAAUCCAAGAGAGUACACAAGUAUACUGUUCCCGGUUUUAUGCUUCUGUUUAAGCCUAACAACCAACCUAUUUAUGUCGUGGCUUCCCCGAUAGAGUUGAUGUUGUCGUUUUAUGUUUUCUACGUGAAUUGGACUGUUAACCAUGAAGAGUCUCCCCAACGGCAACAUAAUCCAGUUCGAAAUAGUCCAGAUUCUCCCCCACUGCAACAUAGUCUGGUCUGA